AUGGGGAAAGAGGAAGCAAAGGUUUUUCAUGAAGAACAAGGUGUGUGCAAUGUCAAGUCUGGUCCGUCUGAGUCUGGCCUGUCGGAGUCUGGCCUGUCGGAGUCUGGCCUGUCGGAGUCUGGCCUGUCGGAGUCUGGCCUGUCGGAGUCUGGCCUGUCGGAGUCCGGCCUGUCGGAGUCCGGCCUGUCGGAGUCCGGCCUGUCGGAGUCCGGCCUGUCGGAGUCCGGCCUGUCGGAGUCCGGCCUGUCGGAGUCCGGCCUGUCGGAGUCCGGCCUGUCGGAGUCCGGCCUGUCGGAGUCCGGCCUGUCGGAGUCCGGCCUGCCGGAGUCUGGCCUGUCGGAGUCUGGCCUGUCGGAGUCUGGCCUGUCGGAGUCUGGCCUGUCGGAGUCUGGCCUGUCGGAGUCUGGCCUGUCGGAGUCUGGCCUGUCGGAGUCCGGCCUGUCGGAGUCCGGCCUGUCGGAGUCCGGCCUGUCGGAGUCCGGCCUGUCGGAGUCCGGCCUGUCGGAGUCCGGCCUGUCGGAGUCCGGCCUGUCGGAGUCUGGCCUGCCGGAGUCUGGCCUGUCGGAGUCUGGCCUGCCGGAGUCUGGCCUGCCGGAGUCUGGCCUGUCGGAGUCUGGCCUGUCUGAGUCUGUAAUGGCUCAGGAAAUAUCACGAAUGAUCUAA